AUGGAGGGCACCGCGUCAGAUGGCCUCGAAACUGCUCUGAAGGAGUACUUUGGCCACGCAGCCUUCCGCGGCAACCAGCUUGAGGUGGUCCAGGCGAUCUUGAGAGGUCGGGAUGUUGGGGUCUUCUGGACGACGGGUGCAGGGAAGUCGCUGUGCUACCAGCUGCCUGCGGUUUUGGGAAAAACCGUCCUGGUGGUCUCCCCGCUGAUCUCUUUGAUGCAGGACCAGGUCCACCGCUUCAAUGCGACUGUGGGUGCUGAGGGCUCCUCCCGCCGCCUCCGCGCCGUCUUCCUGGGCUCGGCCCAACUGGACCCGCACGCGGAGGCCGCCGCACUGGCCGGGGAGUAUUGCUUGGUCUACGUGACGCCGGAGAAACUCACGUCCUCCAACUUCCUCUCACGGCUGCGGAGCAUCCCGAAUAUGCUGGUGGCCAUUGAUGAGGCCCAUUGCAUCUCUGAGUGGGGGCACAACUUCCGCCCAAGCUACCGCAGCCUCCGGGCAUUGCGCGAAGAGUUGCCCGAUCUACCACUCAUGGCGCUCACAGCCACCGCAUCGCCCCGGGUCCGGGAGGAUAUCGUGCAGCAGUUGCAGCUUCGAGAGGCGCUGCUCUCCCACAGCUCUUUCGACCGCCCCAACCUGCAGAUCCGCUGCACACGGAAAACCUCCAAGGCGGCCGACUAUCGCAAGAUUGCUCAAGACAUCACGGCUAUGAAAGGCAGCACCAUCGUGUACGUCAUGACGCAAAGCGAGACCGAAGCGCUUGCCAGCUUUCUCCAGAAUGCUGGUCUCAAGGUGGCCGCCUACCACGGCAGUUUGUCUCUAGCCGAGCGUGAGGAGGCCCACGUGUCGUUCCUGAACGGCCAGAUCCCGGUCAUUGUUGCUACUGUGGCGUUUGGGAUGGGAAUUGACAAGCCGGACGUGAGGGGCAUCAUUCACUACGGUCCCCCAAAAACGGUGGAGGAGUACUUCCAGCAAAUCGGCCGUGCUGGCCGCGAUGGCUUUGAAGCCGUUUGCGAGCUGAUCUCUGCCGACCAUGACUUUCAAACCUACAGCUCAGAGUUUUAUCUGAAGGGCCUUAGCCAAGAGCAGAGCAAAAUCGUACAGAACUCCACACAGCGGCUGCGUGCCUUUGCCAGCACAAGCGCAUGCCGCCGGCGCUGGCUCCUGGAGUAUUUCGGUGAGGAGCCGGCCUUUCCCUCCGGCAACUGCGGAACUUGUGAUUGGUGCCAGGCCUCUGCUUCACGUACGGAUCGUGCGGGUUCUGCAGGUGCAGGCUCCACUCGAGACUUCCGCGCGGCAGUGGCGCCGAUCUUGCUCGCUGUGGCUGCCUCGCAGCGCUUCCCCCAGCCAGUCACGCAGCUGCUCACGAUCAUCAACGGAUCCUGGAAGCCUGAAAAGCUCAUGAGCAUCGCAGCGUCUGUGGGGGCAGCCCAGAAGGAGAUCCAGGAGAUGCGCCAGGCGCUGCCACCAAAGAUGAGGAAGGAGAAGGUUGUCAGAGAGCUGAUCAUCUCCCUUUGCGAGGCUGGGCACUUGCGGCAUUGGACCGUGACGACCUCACGCCAGUUCUGCUCGAGCUUCGAGGUCUACAGCUUGACGGACUCCGGUCAGGCGGCCCUGAAGACAAAGGUUCCGGUGAUGCUCCCUGUCUCCCUUGCAUUGCAGCAGCUCGAAGAGGAGGAGGAGCGAAAGCUCCAAGAGCGGCGGAAGGAGGUCGCCCGCUUUGGGUUGGAUGCUCAGAAAAUGCCUGAGGAGGCCUUGGAGGAGAACAGCCCUGUGGUCUGGUACAUACGGAAGCUCCAGCACUGGAAGGACAGCGGAAAGGCUGAGCUUGUGCGCAAGGCUGAGCAGCACGAGGAGCUCCGACGCAAGAUCUUGAAGUGGCGAGACGAAGCAGCCGUGCGCUUGCGCCUGGCGCCUGCCGCCGUCCUCUCUGAGCAGGCCGCCGUAGCCCUUACUUACGUGCAGCCCACCACCCUGGAAGGUGUGAGGAGUGCAGGCGUGCGCAUCACCGGUGCCGAGUCCUUAGCGGCCCUGAUCGCUGAGGCCAAACCGCAGGAGGAGGGUUCAGACAAAGAUCUCCCUUUGAAGCAGGUUGCUCAGCAGGGAGCACAGGAGGUUCAAGGGAUCCCGUCCCCCGUCAGACAGAGGGCCCGGAUGCAGCUUCCGUCUGGCCUGGUAACUCCACCCAAGAAGUGGCCAGGAGCCAUCUACAAGCCUGGCAAGGGUGGCACGAAGCCUCCCUGGGAGCAGUCCUAUGAUCGCUUCUGUCAAGGGGAGUCUCUAGAGAGCAUUGCUCUGAAACCAGCAUCUGGCCGGCCAAUUCAAACUUCCACCGUCAGAUCCCACAUCAUGACGGCUUGGACCUUCGGAAAGCCCGUAGAUCUGAGCCAGCUUUUUCAGCAGGGCGGCUUGCCAUCAGAGACGGAGUGGCUGCAGCUGGACGAAGCAGGCGCGGCAAUCAAGGUGAAUUUCUCUGCAGAGAUCAAGCUGAAAGAGAUCUUAGCCGCGGUCCUGGGAGACUCCGUAAAUCGGGACGCCGCGGUGAAGUCCGAGGCUGACAAGGAGAUGGAGAAGCAGUGGUAUGAGCGCAUAAGGGUCUGGGAAGCUUUCCGCAAGGUCGGCUUCUCGCCAACCUUCGCCGAGGAGGGGGAUGUCAAGCGACAACGGCUCUAA